UAAAAUAUUUGACAAAAAUGAUGAUAUUUUUGAUGAAAUGUAUAAGGAAUCUGUUUCUUAUAAACAAUCUGAAAACAGUAACAGUAUUUCUGUUAGCUCAAGCAAUAAAACGUCUUCAAUUCCUAAUGACCAACCUCCAAAAAAAAAAGUUAAAUUAAAUAAACGCAGAAAGCGAUAUGCUAAAAUUAGUUGGAUUUGGAGAUACUUCAAACUAAGUGAUGAUGAAACAUGUAAUAUGAGUAAUCACCUUCAAAAUAUACAUAAUUUAAAUGAAACUCAAGAUAAG